AUGGCUUUGAACUGGCUUACUGCAUGUGGUACUUUGUUCUGUGCCGGGCUUUAUUUAUGGCUGGGUGGCAGAAAAAGUGUAGCCAUGGCCAUAGUUGUAUUCUACGGUGCAGUUCAUCUUGAUUCCAAGAUCGAAAGGGUGAAAUCCACAGCAGACAAAUUUAUAGAGAAUGAGUCCUCCAUCGACGAGGAGAAGCCUAAAAAGAAGAAAUGUUGUGGGGGUAAAGGCGGAUCUGGCUGUUGUUCAUCAAAGGGUAACAAGAAGAAGGGCGGUUGCAGUUGUGGCCAUUCAAAGAACGCUGAUAUUGAGGACAUCGCUGAUUCAUUAGAAUCUGGGCUUGUUGUUAGCACUUCUCAAGAGAAGGAUACCAGUUCUGGAGAGAAAAGCACCUCUAGAGAGACCAACGCUGAGAAAAGGGAUAACAUAAUAGCAGUAGACUUUACACAGGCUUUCAAACGUUUGAGUAAGAAAAAGGGAAAAAAUGGAAAAGAUGCGAGGCCUCGCAAGCACAUAACAAAAGCGUCUGUGUUGAAGAAGCCGAAAGAGGAAGAUGAUUUGGUUAAAAGUGCUAUGACUGUAUCCAAUGAAUCAUUGUUAAGUUCUCAGGUAUAUGUUUUCUACAGCUCUUUGCAAGGUGGAGCUGAAAGAUCAGCUAGAAAGGUGCUUGAGACAUUAUCACGUUUGAUAGAGUUGAAAGCACCUCCGAUUCUGCUGAAUAUGGAUGAUAUUACGGACAUUGAUGAUUAUUUUGUAUCUGUUCCAUGUGAGAAUGCUCUUUAUAUUCUUGUUGUACCAUCCUAUGACACAGAUUGUCCUCUGGAUUAUUUUUUGCAAACCCUAGAGGAAAACUUCAAUGAUUUUAGAAUCGAUAAAUUUCCUUUACGAAAAUUGGUAGGGUACGGUAUUCUAGGUAUUGGUGAUUCAGAAACUUGGCCGGAGAAAUUUUGUUAUCAGGCAAAGAAAGUGGAUCAUUGGAUAGCGCGGUUAGGAGGAAGAAGAAUAUUUCCUGUCGGGGAAGUUUGCAUGAAAACAGAAGCAGAGUCAAAGGUGCAAGAGUGGGCAGAUCUUUUGUGCGAGACAAUAAAAGAUGACACUCCUAUAUUGUAUGAAUAUGACGAAGAAGUCACCUCAUCCAAUGAAGAUGACCGACCAGAAGAAGACAUGAUUGAUUUAGAAGACAUAGGAAAUAGUGACAUCAGUGGAAAUGAUACAAAGCAAAUGGUUGCGAAAAACUCUCCGACUUACAAAAAGUUAACCAAGCAGGGUUAUACAAUAGUAGGUUCUCACUCUGGUGUUAAAAUUUGCAGGUGGACCAAGAGUGAUUUGAGAGGUACAGGAUCCUGUUAUAAGCAUUCCCUAUUCAAUAUUGUAUCCAGUAGGUGUAUGGAAUUAACACCUUCGUUAGCAUGCUCCUCAAAGUGUGUUUUCUGUUGGAGACACGGGACUAACCCUGUUUCGAAGAACUGGAGAUGGGAGUUAGAUGAACCGGACUAUAUUUUAGAGAAUGCAUUGCAAGGCCAUUAUUCGAAGAUCAAACAAAUGAGGGGUGUCCCCGGUGUUGUUAUGGAAAGGUUUGCUAAAGCCUUCAAAGUUCGCCAUUGUGCUCUGUCUCUUGUAGGCGAACCGAUCAUGUAUCCAUAUAUUACCAAGUUUAUCGAACUACUGCAUGAAAAACAAAUUUCUAGUUUUUUAGUUUGCAAUGCACAGCAUCCUGAUGCUUUAGCAAGCAUUGGUAAAGUAACACAGCUUUAUGUUUCUAUUGACGCUCCUACAAAGACAGAGCUGAAAAAGGUUGAUAGGCCUUUAUUUAAGGACUUUUGGGAAAGAAUGCUUCAAUGUCUGGACAUACUUAAUAGUGAACAAUCUCAUCAGAGAACAGUCUUCAGACUAACUUUAGUUAAAGGAUUCAACAUGGCAGAUGUUUCAGCAUAUGCAGACCUCGUUCAGCGUGGUCUUCCAAGUUUCAUAGAGGUAAAGGGCGCUACUUUUUCUGGUUCCUCUGAUGGUAACGGCAAUCCUUUGACAAUGCAAAAUAUUCCAUUUUAUGAAGAAUGUACAAAGUUCGUGAAAGAAUUUGCAGCAGAAUUACAAAGACGUGGCCUUGGUUAUGGCAUUGCUGCAGAGCAUGCACAUUCCAAUUGUAUCUUGAUUGCCAGCACAGAGUUUAAAAUUAAUGGCGAAUGGCAUACUCAUAUUGACUUUGACAAAUUUUUCGAGUUAUUGGCUAGUGGUAAACAAUUCUAUCCUAUGGAUUAUGUUGCUAAAACACCUGAAUGGGCCUUAUUUGGUAAUGGAGGUUUUGCUCCAGGUGAUACAAGGGUUUAUAGGAAGGGUAAAAAGAAAAGAAUGAUGCAGUCGUCAGAGAAAGAAAGUAAUGAAACACAAGCGUGA